GGCUCGUCUAGGUGGGGUUUUUGUGGGCGUGACCAAACGAACCGGCUUGUGUUUGAAAAUGAAUGAUAUUGUGCUGCUUCGGUAGUAGAAACAGCGGGCUGCGGAUUUUGGGUCUGUUUAGCGGCAAAGUGAAGGUGUGGCGCUUGCAGAAAGGGACGAGGAGAAGUGGACGAUUCGAGUGAAAAACGAAUAAUACAAAGAAGGAAAAUAAUUAGUUUCCAGCAAUGCAAUUGACAGAGUGUGAGGCCACCACCGUGUCCGAAGCCGUGGUGAUGGAGGCUUCCGGAGCUGGCGGCUUCCUGGAGUCAUCCUGCGCUGCGGGAGACGGCGCAGCCUCCCCUGAUGACGUCAUUGUGGACACAGCAAAUGAGUCUUCAGAGGAGGAGUCCACAGGGGAAAGGGAAGAGGACACCGAGGCGCACAACAAAGUCACCCACGGCACCAAGACCGCAGAGGUCUCUGCCAAGCGCACCUCAGACACACAAACAGCCCAGCGCCCGAACUCCCUGUCGGUGCCAGCAGCAGCAGAGCCCGGCCUGUGGACGUGGCAGGGACAUGCUGAGGUGAACCUGCGGAUGGGGGACUCUGGCUUGGCUGCUGAGACGCCUUUGACCAUCAACCAGAUGUUCAUCUCAGCUGUGGAGCGUUUUGGCGACUACACGGCUCUGAGCUGGAAGGAGGGCGAGCAGCAGAAGAGCCUGAACUACAGAGAGUACUACCAGACCUGCCGCACCGCUGCCAAGAGCUUCCUUAAGCUCGGUUUGCAGCGCUACCACGGCGUCGGCAUCCUGGGCUUCAACUCCUCUGAGUGGUUCAUCUCUGACAUUGGAGCCAUCUUGGCAGGUGGGUUUGCUGUGGGCAUCUACACCACCAACUCUCCUGAAGCAUGCCAGUAUGUAGCAGAAAACAGCAGGGCCAAUAUCAUUGUGGUGGAGAACCACAAACAGCUGCAGAAGAUCCUCCAGGUUGAAGACCAACUGCCGCACUUGAAAGCCAUUAUCCAGUACAAAGAUGCACUAAAAGAGAAGAGACCAAAUCUGUACACAUGGGCCGAGUUCAUGGAGCUCGGACGCGACGAGCCCGACGAACCUCUCGACGCGAUCAUCGCCAGCCAGAAGCCCAACCAAUGCUGCACGCUCAUCUACACCUCAGGAACCACAGGCCAGCCCAAAGGAGUCAUGCUCAGCCAUGACAAUCUGACGUGGACCGCGCUGUCCACCUGCCGUCACGUGCGCCUGACAGACGCCACGCAGGCUCAGGAGUCGGUGGUCAGCUACCUGCCGCUCAGCCACAUCGCCGCUCAGAUGGUCGACAUGUGGAUCACCAUGAAGGUCGGAGGGGCGACGUACUUCGCUCAGCCAGACGCUCUGAAGGGCUCUCUGGUAAACACCCUGAAGGAGGUGCGUCCCACGGCCUUCAUGGGUGUCCCCCGUGUCUGGGAGAAGAUGCAGGAAAAGAUGAAGUCCGUCGGAGCCAAGUCUUCGACCGUGCGCAGGAAGGUGGCUGCCUGGGCCAAAGAUGUCGGUCUGCAGACCAAUCUGACCAGGAUGAAUCAGAGCGGAGCCACCGGCCGCACAACGUUCAGCUAUCAACUAGCCAAAAAGCUUGUGUUCAAAAAGGUGCGUAAGGCUCUGGGAUUGGACCGAUGCAGCAAGUGCUACACAGGCGCUGCACCCAUCACCAAAGACACCCUGGAGUUCUUCCUCAGCCUGGAUAUCCCUGUGUAUGAGCUCUACGGCAUGAGUGAGAGCACCGGACCUCACACCAUCUCGCUGCCCGAAGCCUUCAAGCUGACCAGUUGCGGCAAAGAGAUCCCAGGGUGCAAGACGAAGCUGCACAACCCGGACGAGGAGGGAAACGGUGAGAUCUGCUUCUGGGGCCGACACGUUUUCAUGGGUUACCUCAACAUGCCCGACAAGACGGAGGAGGCUCUCGAUGCAGAUGGAUGGCUGCACUCGGGUGACCUGGGCAAACAUGACGAGAACGGAUUCCUCUUCAUCACCGGAAGAAUUAAAGAGCUGAUCAUCACCGCAGGAGGCGAGAACAUCCCUCCUGUUCCCAUCGAGGAUGCGGUGAAGGAGGCCGUGCCGCUCAUUAGCAACGCCAUGCUGAUCGGAGACAAGAGAAAGUUUCUGUCUAUGCUGCUCACCGUUAAGUGUCAGGUAAACGCCGAUUCAGGCGAUCCAGAGGACGAGCUGACGCCAGAAGCUGUUGAGAUCUGCCGGAAGCUGGGCAGCAACGCCACGCGGGUCUCUGAGAUCGCAGGGGGGCGAGACCGCGCCGUCCACAAUGCCAUCCAGGAAGGGAUCAACAGAAUCAACGAGAAGGCAACCUCCAACGCUCAGCGCAUUCAAAAAUGGGUCGUUCUGGAUCGGGAUUUCUCCGUCACAGGAGGAGAGCUGGGCCCCACCAUGAAGCUGAAGCGGCCGGUGGUGCUGAAGAUGUACAAGGAGCAGAUUGAGAAUUUCUAUAAGGAGCUCGCCACACCGACGACCCCCGACAACCCGCUGCCUCCUAAGUAAAGCUGCUACAACCUCCACCCCCACCCGACCUCCAGGGAGAGCCAGACUCUCUCCACCUCAUUUAUCCCGACCUCCUUUCCUCGCUUCCGUUUUUCUCUCUUGUAAAAAAUGUUUUGAUUGCCUUAAGUUUUGGUCGUUCUGUUCUGGUUUACAUGUGUGGGUGCUGUACAAAAGGAAAGCAAACAUAAGAAGCCAUUGUUAAAUAGCUUUAUGAUUUUAAAGAUGAAUUCAACUAUUUAUUUGGAUGAACGGUAAUAUCGGAUAGAUGAAAUAACAGCAGCGAAGGUGAUUACUGCGCUUGUUUACUUUUUGUUUUGAAGGACAGAUUUUUGUUUAUGAAUGUGUUCUCCUGUAUUUAUUUUCAUUUUGCCAAAGUUUAUGUGGGCCAAACACUUUGAGAGAAAUAUGAAUUUCAGUAAUUAUAUCCAGUGUUUAUUGGCCCUUUACAUGCAUUUGGUGGGUUUGUUUGUUGUCUUUGUCUGUAUGGUUUCAAAAAAAACCAAAACAUAAUCUUAAUGUCUUAUUUUGUACACGUGUUCGAAAAAUCAAGAGGUUUAUUGAAAUCUAUCUGAUAACUAAGCAUCCAAAUUUUUGUUUUUCCAUGCUGUAAAAACACGUCAUCGAAGCCAUAUCUAUUGCCUUUUGUACGCGAGUCGGACUGCUGGUGCGUGCGUCGACUCUGCAGCCCACACGCCCGCCUGGCCUUGUUGAAAUGUUUUCCGGCAGACCUUGUGUGUGUGGACCUGCUGUGAGUUUUGUGUAAUUUUGUAAAUAUGUUUUGCCUACAUCGACGUCUUUCAUUUGUCUUUAUUUAAUUUUAUUUAUCAGCUGAUUUUUUUUUUUUUUUUUUCUUCCAUUGCAGUUUACUCAGCAUUUACGCAUCAUUUUUUUUUGCACUCAAACAUGGAAAAAGCGUAACAGGAAUGGGAAAUGUACAGAAGUUAGAUGAUUUGUAUGUCAAAUAUAUCAGCUGCAUUAUAGUUGAUCCUAUUGGUCCGUCGCCGUCUUUCACGCGUCAUUCAUAUAAAUGUUUAAAUUGCUUGAGUUUUGAUCCAGUGACCAUGUCUUCGCCUCUUCGAAGACAAGUUUAAAGAAAUAAAAACAUUUUAAGGAAGUAAAAGAGGUCGCCGAACUCCAAAGAGCUGAUCUUGUUUAUGAAGUAAUUGUACAUAAACAUAUCAUAGGUAUUUGUAGCACUCUGAUGGUUCAAAGUGAAGGUUUGGCUACGGUUACGGUUAGCUGAUAUCCGGGGGUGAAAAUGGAGCGAUUUCGAUAUUAAAUAAGGAAAUGAUGGUGACUCAGCGUGUCGGGGCGAGUGAGUUUCUUGUGAUCCAUCCAAUACAUAAAACUAGAACUUGGAACACUUUGACAGCCUGUUAACAAAUGUGUUGUACCUAAGAAGUACAAAAUCACCACCAUCAAUAUUAUUUGAUGGUUUAGUGAUGGCGCUGCGGUUCAGAGAGAGCUCACAAGACUCCAGACAGGAACAUGGAUUUACCUGACCUUAAAGCGCUGUUCUUACUGUGAACAAUAACCAGGUGGAAGGUUUGAAAUAUGCAUGAUGCUGCAGGAGACCAGUGAAGUAGGCCUGUGAAUGUGUGUGUGUGUUUGACAAGUUAUGGAAUAAAAAUUCAUUAAGCUGA